GAUAAAUCGUUUCAAUGUGCUAAAACAGGACACAAACGGAACGGAAGGGAUUGUUUAGCGUCCAUGUUCCCCACGUGUGUAUUAUUAUAGUCUCCGCAUUACCUUCACGCCUCGGACGUCGCGCUCAGGACGUGACGUACGACGUCCCCCUCCCCCUGCUUACGUUUGGCGGCUUUCUUAAACAUUUGGCGGUUGUAUUUUACCCGGAGUGGAAGCCAAGAUGCCCGCCACCGUGGAAAUACGCGCGGCCGAAGACGGCAAAGAACGCAAAGCGGCGGAGAACCCAUUCGGCCUUUUCUGCGAUGAAAAGGGCUACUUAAACCAAGUAGGCCACAUCCUCCAACACGGCCAGAGGAGGGGGGACAGGACGGGGACAGGAGUCGUUUCAGUCUUCGGCUCUCAGGCGAGAUACAGUCUGCGAGACCAGUUUCCCUUGCUGACGACUAAGAGGGUGUUUUGGAAAGGCAUCCUCGAGGAGCUGCUGUGGUUCAUCAAGGGUUCCACCAACGCCAAGGAGCUCUCAGCCAAAGGAGUGAAGAUCUGGGACGCUAACGGGUCCCGGGAUUUCCUGGACAAAAACGGCUUCACGGGCAGGGAGGAGGGAGACCUCGGACCCGUGUAUGGUUUCCAGUGGAGGCACUUUGGCGCAGAGUAUGCAAACAAGGAUGCAGAUUAUACAGGACAAGGUGUUGACCAGCUGCAGAAAGUCAUUGACACAAUCAAAACCAACCCAGAGGACAGGAGGAUCAUCAUGUGUGCCUGGAACCCUAAAGAUCUGCCCCUCAUGGCUUUGCCUCCUUGUCAUGCUCUGUGCCAGUUCUAUGUGUGUGAUGGGGAGCUGUCAUGCCAGUUGUACCAGCGCUCCGGGGAUAUGGGCCUGGGGGUUCCCUUCAACAUCGCCAGCUACGCUCUUCUCACGUACAUGAUUGCACAUAUCACUGGACUUAAGGUGAGGGCACAAGUUUAUUUAAUGGCCGCUUCAGUCCCCCUCUUUUUUUUAAAUGAUGGCUUAUCAUCUGCACAGCAUGUUCAUCUUGUUCAGUAUCAUAACCUCUCAGUGCCUUGUUUGUUGUCAUUGUUCCCUCAGACUGGUGAUUUUGUGCACACCCUGGGAGAUGCUCACAUAUACAUUAACCACAUUGAACCCCUCAAAGAACAGCUCCAGAGGGAGAUCCGGCCCUUCCCCAAGCUGAAGAUUCUUAGGAAGGUGGAGAAUAUUGAUGACUUCCGCGCUGAAGACUUUGAGAUCUGUGACUAUAACCCCCAUCCCACGAUCAAGAUGCAAAUGGCUGUUUGAAGUCCCAAGCUAAGGUC